UGGAACCCCAGCCCCCUGUUCCGAUCCCUACUGUUGAGUCCAGCACUGCCCUGGCCCCCAGAGCCUCCAGACUCAAGCCCUAGAUCAUGCUCUAGGGACACCACAAGGACAGCAAUGGGAUGCCCUCCCCUGUUUUCCAGGAUGGAUUCACUGCAGAGACAGGACCUGCGGAGGCCCAAGAUCCAUGGGGCAACCCGAGUUAGCACCCAGAAUCUUGUCCCCUACCAGACACCCACUUUGGCCUACUUGCAGCGCCUGCUGUGGAUUCGAAGGGCUUCCUCAAUGAGCCACAUCAAUGAGGUCUGGCCCAACCUCUACCUGGGAGACGCAUAUGCAGCCCGGGACAAGAGUAAGCUUUGUCAGCUGGGGAUCACCCACAUCGUGAAUGUGGCUGCCGGCAGGUUCCACGUCGACACGGGCGCCAAAUUCUACCGAGGGAUGCCCGUGGAAUACUAUGGCAUCGAGGCCGACGACAACCCCUUCUUCGACCUCAGCAUUUACUUCCUGCCUGCAGCGAGAUAUAUAAGAACUGCCCUCAGCAAUCAAGGCCGCAUAUUUGUGCACUGUGCCAUGGGAGUCAGCCGGUCUGCCACACUUGUCCUGGCAUACCUCAUGAUCUGUGAAAAUAUGACCCUGGUGGAGGCCAUUCAGACGGUGCAAACCCACCGAGAUAUUUGCCCAAACUCGGGUUUCCUCAGGCAGCUCCAAGUCCUGGACAGUCGGCUGGGGCGGGAGAUGGGGAGGCUCUGACUGGGCAGGUAGCUGGGAAUAGAGACCCCUUUAGGGUCUCCCCUUCCCACCUGCCUUGCAGAAGACUGGUAGCCCUCACUGUUUACAAAUGGACCCUGAGAUAUAGAUAUCAAGCAUGGGGGAAUCAGAAUGGAAGGGGCGGGAAAAGUUGAGAGUUGAUAUUUAACAGGUGAAUUUACUCAACUUGUUAAAAAAAAAGAUUCUUUAUGCAUAGAGGAAUUUGGUCUCAAUCUAUAAUAAAGAAUUAAUUCAUCAGACCAAAAA